AUGGCGGCUGUUGCUUUCACCAGGCUGAAAGCUGUGGUCAGGAUCUGGGCCACCAAAGAUAUGGGAAAAAUGUUGGGUGGUGAUGAAGAGAAGGAUCCAGAUGCUGAGAAAAAGGAAGAAGAAAGAUUAGAAGCUAUUCGACAAGCAGAGGAAGAACGUGCAGGAAAAUACGCAAAAAUGGAGGCAGAGCGGGAAGUAAUGCGACAAGGAAUCCGGGACAAGUACGGGAUAAAAAAGAAAGAGGAAAAGGAAGCAGAAGCAAUGGCAGCAAUGGAAGCCCAGGCAGAGGGGAGCUUGACACGGCCCAAGAAAGCAAUUCCUGCUGGCUGUGGAGAUGAAGAGGAGGAAGAGGAAAGUAUUCUGGACACUGUCUUAAAAUAUCUUCCAGGGCCUCUCCAAGAUAUGUUCAAGAAGUAA